AUGUGGAAAAGACUUGAAAACAUACAGAAAUCCCUAGAGACGGCUUUCUCAGAGGCAGUAUGGCGGCAGCCACCUGCUGUUGUGCUGGACGACCUCGAUCUCAUUGUUGGCCUGCCUGCCCUUCCUGAACACGAGCAGAGCCCUGCCACAGUUCAGAGCCAGCGCCUCGUACACGUUCUUGGCAGUCUCCUAACCCUGGCUUUGGGUCAACCAAUUCAAUUUCAAGAACAUGUCCUUCUCCAACUCCUGGGCCUAAGCAAGACACCUUCACCCCAGAAAUUCCAAUCUACUCCUUGUAUUUUGAAAAAAAUCUUCCAGAACCGAGAAGCAGCAGCAUCCGCUGGGGUCUCCCAAGAUUUCUGCUACAUAAAGGAGCUGGGUGUCCAUGGGAGCGAACUCCGCCACCUCCCAGAUCAAGGUUUCUUUCUUCAUUCCAAGAAACAUGCCCAAGUUUCUUCCUGCCUUCAGAAGCACCUUUACUUCAACCUGUCUGCCAUUAAAGAAAAGGAGCGGUUAACUAUGGUCCGGCUGAGCCUGGACUUGGGACCCAACACUUACUACAACUUGGGACCAGAACUGGAAUUGAUUCUAUCUCUGGUUCAGGAACGUCACAUAAGGGGCAAGUCCCACCCUAAACCAGGUAAAACAUUUCUACUACAGUCAGUGCCAGGCCCGCAAGGUAUCCUUCACUUCAACGUGCUUCAUUUAACUAAGGAUUGGAACCACAAGUCCCAGAAGACCUUGGAUUUGUUCUUAGAAAUCCUCUUUAAACGGCACAGAAACCCGGAAGUGAAUUUCCAGCUUGAGGAGACCUGUGCCCAACUGAGACGCCUCUUUCAUGCCUCCCUGCUGGUGGUGAUCCUCAACACUGAGCAGUGCCACUCUUCACUCAGAAAAAGAAGAUCAACAGUCCCUACGUCUCAAACUCCUUGUGAGAACCUCUGCCAUGUUCACCAGCUGUUCAUCAGCUUUCGGGAUCUGGGCUGGCACAAGUGGAUCAUUGCCCCCAAGGGGUUCAAGGCAAACUACUGCCACGGAGAAUGUCCUUUCUCAUUGACCACCUCUCAAACGAGCUCCAAUUAUGCUUUCAUGAAAGCUAUGAUGAGGGUGGUAGACCCAGAGGUCCCCAAGGCUGUCUGUAUCCCCACCAAGUUAUCUCCUAUUUCCAUGCUUUAUCGAGACAAUGAUGACAAUGUCAUUCUCCGACAUUAUGAGAAUAUGGUGGUUGAUGACUGUGGGUGUGGGUAA